AUGGCGAAUCUAAUCUCCCUCUUGACAGGUGGCUUGGGCACACCCACGUCAUCAGCUGGCAGCUCCACCUGCAAGAGGCUCCAGCAGCACCAGCGCCCAGAGUACCUGAGGACAGAGUUACACAGGCUACAGAGCACCCUGGCUGGGGAGGAGGGGAGGACAGCCUGCCUGACCAACGGAGCAUCUGGAUGUCAUGGGAUGAACAGGCAGAACGGGCACAUUCCUCUCCUCUCACCCUCUCCUCCUCCUCUCUCACAGGAAGAGGGGUGUUGUGUCACUAAGUUUUCAUCAUCCAACCCUCAGGCCAGUUUCCCCAGCCCUCAGAGUGACUUCAGGUUGACCCCAGGGUCAAUCCCCCUACAGCCCUGCCUCUUGAGCCCUAACCCCGGGUCUAGUUCUGCUGCCUCUGCCACUCAGUUCUGCCCUCCUAAGUCCAGACCCAGGUCCCCUAACUCCAGGACCUGUCCCUCUGGUUCCACUGGCUCCAGGUUCCCCCAGUCCCUCCAGCCUACCUGCCACUCCAGGCCACCUCCUUCAGGGGACACCCCCUUCAGCUCCUCUUUCAGCUUCAUCCAACAGUCACUGAGCCUUGAUUCACUGAGCUCCAGUCACAGGACAGAUACAGACACUGCAGCUGGUGAGAGGCCCCCUGGCCUAAACCCAGACCCACAACCACUGAACAGCUCUCCUGGCCUAAACCCAGACCGACAACCACUGAACAGCUCUCCUGGCCUAAACCCAGACCCACAACCACUGAACAGCUCUCCUGGCCUAAACCCAGACCCACAACCACUGAACAGCUCUCCUGGCCUAAACCCAGACCCACAACCACUGAACAGCUCCACUAGUCUAGACCCAGACCCACAACCACUGAACAGCUCCCCUGGCCUAAACCCAGACCCACAACCACUGAACAGCUCCACUAGUCUAGACCCAGACCCGCUGGAUCAGUCCUCAGCUAGGUCGUUAAGAACUGGAUCAGUCCCAUCCCACUCAGAACCACUGGAGUUGUCUGGGUCUGUCCCACCCUGCCAACCUGUAUCAGCCCCCCUUGACCAAUUACCAUCCAGGACAUGUGGCUCGAGCUCCAACCAAUCACGACUAGGAGUUUUGGGUCUCUCUUUGGGGCUUUCUGUUUCAAAACUGUCAACUCCGAGUCGUGUCCAAUCAGAGCCAGGCUCCGUUCCUCUCAGCCAAUCAGACGGAGUACGGGACCGGCUCUCAUCUUGGGUGUGGCAGGACCGCCACUGGGAGGGCCGGGAGAGUGCGGGACCACGUCUGCGGGCGGAGUUACCCUCCUCUGUGACCUCUGACCUAACGGAGGUGGAGCCUGACUGUGACUCCUCCUCUCUGGACACAGAAGCCUCCUCCUCUCUGUCAGUAGCGGAGGACUCUGACGCUGCCACUGUCUCCUCCCUCACCUCAGGGUAUGAGAGUGCCACGCCCACUACUGCCACUGUCUCCUCCCUCACCUCAGGGUAUGAGAGUGCCACGCCCACUACUGCCACUGUCUCCUCCCUCACCUCAGGGUAUGAGAGUGCCACGCCCACUACUGCCACUGUCUCCUCCCUCACCUCAGGGUAUGAGAGUGCCACGCCCACUACUGCCACUGUCUCCUCCCUCACCUCAGGGUAUGAGAGUGCCACGCCCACUACUGCCUCUGCCUGGAAUGACUGCGUUCCAGACCAGGACCAGGACCAGAACCAGGGCUGGGACCAACUGCUCAAGAAGUACGAGGGUGUCCUUCAAGAUUGCCUGCACAACAACCGUACUAAUACUACGAUUGAGUCCAUGAUGGUGAAGCUGCAGAGACUAAAGCAGAAGGCCAUCCUGGAGGAUGAGUAUGACUCAGCCGAGCGUUUUGGUAAGAAGCUGGAGGAGCUGUGUAGAGAGAGGAGUUCACUGAGGCUGGGUCUCCCCUCCAGACAGCCCAGCGUGGCUCUGUUCCUCCAGAGACUCAGAGAGGCAGUACACAGCGCCCUCGCCAGGAUGGAGGACCACAGGGAAGAGGUGGAGAGUGAUGGAGGGGAAGUGGCUGAAACCGUCCAGGGUCCACUGCAAAGGAGAGAGUGUUUGCUGCAGGAGAAACGCAUAGUGGAGGCGGAGAUGGCAGAGUUGCAGUGGAGACUAGGAGAGCUGCAGUCUCGGAGUUGCAGCCUGGAGCACCAGAUCCAGCAGGAAGAGGAGGAUCUACAGACAGAGGAGGUUGAAGGACCCGCCCUGCGCAGCUGUAGCCACACCCAGCUCAGAGACAUGGGCAAUGCCCUCAACGUCCUGGUGACAUCACAGAGCAGGACCAGGAUCACUGUCUGUCCCCCUGAAGCCAUAUUCAGACUCCAGGAUCAGGAACAAACACUGAGUCUGUCCAUUAAAGAUGCUACGGCUAAAGUAGUGAUGAGUCAGAGGUUGGGAGGAAGUCUGAGAAGGAAAGUCAGUGAGACAGAGACUCAGCUCCUGGCUCUCCAUGAAGCCAAGUUAGCUGCCAUCUCAG